GGGAGGACCUGGAGCGGGUUCCCAGCGUUGCGCCCGCCAUCCCCUUGCCCGCCGCCGGGCUCCGGCCCCCCCUGGCACCAUGGACAAACUGCCGCCGUCCAUGCGCAAGCGGCUCUACAGCCUCCCGCAGCAGGUGGGGGCCAAGGCGUGGAUCAUGGACGAGGAAGAGGAUGCUGAGGACGAAGGGUCCGGGGGUCGCCAAGAUCCGAGCCGCAGGAGCAUCCGGCUGAGACCGCUGCCCUCGCCCUCACCCUCGGUGGCUGCGGGUGGCACGGAAUCCCGGGGCGCGGCCCUCGGGGCAGCGGACGGCGAGGGUCCGGCCCGCAGCGCGGGUAAAUCCAGCACGAACGGCGACUGCAGGCGUUUCCGAGGGAGCCUGGCCUCGCUGGGCAGCCGGGGCGGCGGCAGCGGCGGAGCGGGCAGCAGCAGCAGUCACGGGCACCUGCAUGACUCCGCGGAGGAAAGGCGGCUCAUCGCCGAGGGCGACGCGUCCCCCGGCGAGGACAGGACGCCCCCGGGCCUGGCGACCGAACCCGAGCGCCCGGGAGCCGCGGCACAGCCCGCAGCCUCGCCGCCGCCGCCGCAGCCGACCUCCGCCUCCGGCGAGCAGCCCUCGCCGGACACCGCGAUCAAAGUGGAAGGAGGCGCGGCCCCGGGCGACCAGAUCCUCCCCGAGGCUGAGGUGCGCCUGGGCCAGGCCGGCUUCAUGCAGCGCCAGUUCGGGGCCAUGCUGCAACCCGGGGUCAACAAAUUCUCCCUGAGGAUGUUCGGCAGCCAGAAGGCGGUGGAGCGCGAGCAGGAGAGGGUUAAAUCGGCCGGGUUUUGGAUUAUCCACCCCUACAGUGACUUCAGAUUUUACUGGGACCUGACCAUGCUGCUGCUGAUGGUGGGAAACCUGAUCAUCAUUCCCGUGGGCAUCACCUUCUUCAAGGAUGAGAACACCACACCCUGGAUCGUCUUCAACGUGGUGUCAGACACAUUCUUCCUCAUCGACUUGGUCCUCAACUUUCGCACGGGAAUCGUGGUGGAGGACAACACGGAGAUCAUCCUAGACCCCCAGCGGAUCAAGAUGAGAUACCUGAAAAGCUGGUUCGUGGUGGAUUUCAUCUCGUCCAUCCCCGUGGACUACAUCUUCCUCAUCGUGGAGACCCGCAUCGACUCAGAGGUCUACAAGACUGCCCGGGCCCUGCGCAUCGUCCGUUUUACCAAGAUUCUCAGCCUCCUGCGCCUCUUGCGUCUUUCCCGCCUCAUCCGAUACAUUCACCAGUGGGAAGAGAUCUUCCACAUGACCUACGACCUGGCCAGCGCCGUGGUACGCAUCGUGAACCUCAUCGGCAUGAUGCUGCUGCUGUGCCACUGGGAUGGCUGCCUGCAGUUCCUGGUGCCCAUGCUGCAGGACUUCCCCCAUGACUGCUGGGUGUCCAUCAACGGCAUGGUGAACAACUCCUGGGGAAAGCAGUAUUCCUACGCGCUCUUCAAGGCUAUGAGCCACAUGCUGUGUAUCGGGUACGGGCGACAAGCCCCCAUGGGUAUGUCGGACGUCUGGCUCACCAUGCUCAGCAUGAUCGUCGGUGCCACCUGCUAUGCCAUGUUCAUUGGCCACGCCACCGCCCUCAUCCAGUCCCUGGACUCCUCCCGGCGCCAGUACCAGGAGAAGUACAAGCAGGUGGAGCAGUACAUGUCCUUCCACAAGCUGCCACCCGACACCCGCCAGCGCAUCCACGACUAUUACGAGCACCGCUACCAGGGCAAGAUGUUUGACGAGGAGAGCAUCCUGGGCGAGCUGAGCGAGCCGCUGCGCGAGGAGAUCAUCAACUUCAAUUGCCGAAAGCUGGUGGCCUCCAUGCCGCUGUUCGCCAACGCGGACCCCAACUUCGUGACGUCCAUGCUGACCAAGCUGCGCUUCGAGGUCUUCCAGCCUGGGGACUACAUCAUUCGUGAAGGCACCAUCGGCAAGAAGAUGUACUUCAUCCAGCACGGGGUGGUCAGCGUGCUCACCAAGGGCAAUAAGGAGACCAAGCUGGCCGAUGGCUCCUACUUUGGAGAGAUCUGCCUGCUGACCCGGGGCCGGCGCACAGCCAGCGUGCGUGCGGACACCUACUGCCGCCUCUACUCUCUGAGCGUGGACAACUUCAACGAGGUGCUGGAGGAGUACCCCAUGAUGCGGCGCGCCUUCGAGACGGUGGCGCUCGACCGCCUGGACCGGAUAGGCAAGAAGAACUCCAUCCUCCUCCACAAGGUCCAGCACGACCUCAACUCGGGCGUCUUCAACUACCAAGAGAACGAGAUCAUCCAGCAGAUCGUGCAGCACGAUCGGGAGAUGGCUCACUGUGCCCACCGCGUCCAGGCCGCCUCCUCGGCCACCCCGUCCACCACGCCGGUCAUCUGGACCCCGCUGAUCCAGGCGCCGCUGCAAGCGGCUGCCGCUACCACGUCGGUGGCCAUAGCCCUGACGCACCACCCUCGUCUGCCAGCUGCUAUCUUUCGACCACCCCCGGGACCAGGGCUGGGCAACCUCGGGGCCGGCCAGACGCCGAGGCACCCCAGGAGGCUACAGUCCUUGAUCCCUUCUGCGCUGGGCUCCGCCUCACCGGCCAGCAGCCCAUCCCAGGUGGACACGCCCUCCUCGUCCUCCUUCCACAUCCAACAGCUGGCUGGAUUCUCGGCACCCGCGGGACUGAGCCCUCUCCUGCCCUCCUCCAGCUCCGCCCCGCCCCCGGGGGCCUGCGGCUCCCCGCCAGUGCCCACACCUCCUGCCGCAGCUGCCGCCGGUGCCAGCACAGCUGGGUUUGGCCUCUUCCACAAGGCGCUGGGUGGCUCCCUGUCCUCAUCUGAUUCUCCCUUGCUCACCCCGCUGCAUCCGGGUGCCCGCUCCCCACAAGCUGCCCAGCCGCCACCCCCACUGCCAGGGAGCCGGGGAGGCCUGGGACUCACGGAGCACUUUCUGCCCCCUCCACCCUCCACCAAGUCUCCCUCGUCCAGCCCUGGGCAGCUGGGCCAGCCGCCUGGGGAGCUGUCCCCCGGUGUGGCCGCUGGUCCACCAAGUACUCCAGAGACACCCUCGCAGCCUGAACGGCCAUCCUUCGUGGCAGGGGCCUCUGGAGGAGUCUCCCCUGUAGCCUUUACCCCACGAGGAGGUCUCAGUCCCCCUGGCCACAGCCCAGGGCCCCCAAGAACUUUCCCAAGUGCCCCACCCCGAGCCUCAGGCUCUCACGGUUCCUUGCUCCUGCCCCCGGCAUCCAGCCCCCCGCCUCCCCAGGUUCCGCAGCGCCGGGGCACACCACCCCUCACCCCGGGCCGCCUCACCCAGGACCUCAAGCUCAUCUCAGCCUCUCAGCCGGCCCUUCCUCAGGACGGGGCACAGACUCUCCGCAGAGCCUCCCCUCACUCCUCCGGGGAGUCAGUGGCUACCUUCCCACUCUUCCCUAGGGCUACAGGGGGCAGCAGUGGGGGGCUUGGGAGGCCCUAUGGUGCCAUUCCAGGCCAACACGUCACUCUGCCUCGGAAGACGUCCUCAGGUUCUUUGCCACCCCCUCUUUCUUUGUUUGGGGCAAGAGCCGCCUCUGCUGGAGGGCCCCCUCUGACUGCUGCCCCCCAGAGAGAAGCCGGGGCCAAAUCCGAGCCAAUGCGCUCCAAACUGCCGUCUAAUCUGUGAUCUGGACCCUUCCUCCCACUUCUUUUUUCCCCCUUCCCUCCUUUCUUCCUUCAGGUCUAACUGUGAUUAGGAGAGAUAUACCAAUAACAAUAAUAAUUAUUAUUAAAUAACCCCCCCAAUACACACCCCAGAAAAACAAAACAAAAGACAGCAGAAAAUAACCAGGUAUUCUUAGAGCUAUAGAUUUUUGGCCACUUGCCUUUAUAGACUAUUUUAAUACUCAGCACU